UUGGCUGUGUUGGGAAACCAAACUGUCUGUCUACACAUAAACUAUACAAAACAAACCCACCAAAAGAGAGGGAAACACAAUAUGGUCGGUGUGGCUUUGCUGAGACUGCUCGUACCCACUUUGCUCACUCUCCAGUUUUUUUGUUAACCGGCACACCAACAUUAACUAGCGGAAUCAGGUAUACCUGUUGGCACAAAACAUGGAAUUGAAAAGCUGUCGUUUAGUAUAGUUUUGUGCAUAAAGUGAACCAGUCGGUCGGUAUCAGUCGCCGUUUGGUGGCGCGAUUGAACUCGUUUGGCCAGUGCGUGUCCGGUUUGUUGGUCAGUAUGCCUCCCCCCAAUUAGUGUUGCUUCCAAUUCAAACCGAAAUGAAGUGGUUUGCGUUGUUUCACGCCAUCGGAUGACCAUUUUUAUACAAUCGCGCAUCGUCGAGUGUCGUACGUACAAUUCGUGUCACUCUGGGGGUCGUAGAAGCAAUUUUCGAAUGAAAAAGUGGUACCGAAAGCAGCUGCAAUCGUUCAGUGAUUGUUAACGAAAUUGGGCUUUUUUGUGCUCUGUUAAUCCGGGGUAAGAGGGCAAUUAUGCAGUGCUGUUUUGGUAUUGUUUGCAAAUUCGUUCGGGCCUGAGACAACGUCGCUGGAGCAUCGAAAGGGUGCUUUUUGACACGGAUGCUACAGCCAAGAAACAGGAUCAACGGGAGGCUACCGCAGUUGGGAAGUGAUCAUUAACUGCAAAUCGUAUGCUGACUAAUCGAAGUGAAAACGCCCAUCGAUUGAAUUAAAGUUUUAUCGUUUGAUAGUAUUUCGAGUUCCAAUACAAGAUAGAUCAAUUCUGUGUUAUGCUAAUAAGUGCAAGUUACGAUAUAUGGUGUUACAAUUCGAAACUGGUAUUUCAUUGGAGUAUCUUGUCACAAGAAAAUACGAGUAAACAAGCAGUCUCUCGAGUGAAGGCACUAGAAAAAUGUGGUCAUAAUAUUCGGUUGUGCGUGGAUGUUUAAAUCCUAGUGCCAUACUCCGCGAUAGGUUAUUUGACCAAGAGUGAACGCGCGAUGGCGACAACAAAUCGUAAUCGGAAAAACAUUCUCACACUGAACGGUACCGGCGGACUGCAUCAUCAUCAUCAUCACCAGCCGCAGCUGGCACAACCACAGCAUCCGCUUCAGGAGGGCACCGGAGUGAGCCAAGUCGAGGGGCUCCCGAAGCCAUUUGUGUCCGCCAUGCGCACGCUGUUCGAUAUUAUGGACGACCAGAAAACUGGUUUCGUGAAGCUGGCGGAUAUCGAAGAUCGCUGGCAAGACGACGGCUCCAAGGGUCUGCCGAGGGGUGUAAUUGAUAGUUUGCGCAAGGUUACGCCCCCUACUGGGCUGCUUUCGUUCGAACGUUUCUGCAGCGGACUCAAAAUCUGCUUGCUUCGCAAUCAAACCGAAUUGAGUAGAACCAAUCGACUGGCUAAAGAUUCAGAAAAAUCACCCCUCUCUCCAGCGAAGCUCUCUGUGCGGCCUCCAUCGGCUCCGCUGUUGGAUUUGGACAUUUCCAAGCCCUCCUGGACUAGCAAUAGUGCUAACACUGCCACCGUUCGUCCAAACAACGCAAUGCCUGCGCAGAAAACUUUAAGUAUGCCACAGCUUAAUCCGGACAGCGAUUUGGAUCUCAUUCUCGAGUCACCACCAAUUAUACUGCCAGGAGCCUAUGGGCCACCUAAACCGCCUCGUGUGUCAUUAAAUCUCGAACGUGUCCAAACCAGUACCAACAUUGACAAAGCCGAAAUCCGCAAUGCCCUUCAAAACUGGCAAAUGUCGCUGCUCAUGAGCGAAACGGAUAAGUCCGAUAAGUGUAAUCUUCGCCUGGCCCGUGGAUCCGCCGAUGGUCAGAUUGACCUCUCGAAUACGAGUUCAUCGCCCUCUACUGGCAUGCAUUCGACCGGUUUGUAUCUGAAGAAGAGUGGAAGCGGCAGUGGCAGCAGCAGACGGCGGGAACCCAGGAGACACACUUUGCAAAACGGAAUCGAUUACAAUAUGCUCAAGCGGCUCAAGCAAAUCGAGCAGGAGAAGGACGUCCUGUUGCAGGGACUGACGGCGGUGGAGAAGGCCCGGGAUUGGUAUUUGAAGCAGCUGUCUAUUGUGCAGGAUAAAAUCAAAUAUCUGGGCCGAUGUGGAUCGCAUAUGGAAACAUGGUCCGAUGCCCACCAGGAAAGACUUGACCUACAACGAGCACGGGUGCUCGAGGUCAAUCGUCAUCUGAUGACCCUGGCAGAGAGCUGGGAACGAGGUGGCUUUCCAAUGCAUAUGAAUCUAGCCCUGCGUCCUCCUGGUGCCGUACCCUACCAUCACGUCCAGCCCCACGUUCAGCCUCAGUCUCAAGCGGCGGGCACCGUUGGCGGCAGUCAAUCACACCAAUCAACGGAAUCGGUCAAGCGUCUCAAACAACAGAAUGUCCAACUCUCGGAGGAGGUCAAUCAAAAGAACGAAAAGUUGUCACUGCUGGAGAGGGAAAAGUCCUCCCUGAUAAGAGAACUGCUCCAGCUUCAGCGAACCAACCGAGCCAGCAGUAUGACAUCCAAUACCGAAGAGAUGGUGUUUUGAGAGGAUUGAUCCCAGUUUGCCAUGUGGAUAUAAUCGUGGAUUGCCAUUACAGAUUUCGUACAUUGCUUUUCUGAGUUACAAUCGCGCUAGUCAGUAGCAGAUUAACAAUGAGGAAUAAUCGCGGAAUAAAUAUACGAGUAAUAAUCAGGAGUUCUUCCGAUGUGAUGCUAACGAAGUAUUCUGAGUGCAUUUUUAAUUUGUUUUCGCAAUAAAGAAUAAGUUUUAUAUGACA